AUGUCUGGAAAAGAAUCUCGCCAUGAACCACAAUGGAUAGCUCCAUCAGCAAACCAGGUAGAUAGACAAGAUGUACCUCCAGAUUAUGAAACGAUAGGAACAAUUUUUGGGUACGCCCUCCUUGCUCUUUCAUGGCUCCUUAUAAUAAUUACAUUUCCUUUUUCAAUGUGUGCAUGUUUAAAAGUUAUCAAAGAAUAUGAAAGAGUUGUUAUAUUUAGAAUUGGAAGACUUGUUUUUGGAGGUUCUAGAGGUCCAGGAAUGAUAUUUGUAAUACCAUGUGUUGAUACAUACCGAAAAAUUGAUCUUCGUGUUGUUUCAUAUGCUGUACCACCACAAGAAAUUUUAUCUAAAGAUUCUGUAACUGUUUCUGUAGAUGCUGUUGUAUAUUUUCGAACAUCAGAUCCAAUUGCAAGUGUUAAUAAUGUUGAUGAUGCAAUUUAUUCAACAAAACUUCUUGCACAAACAACAUUGAGAAAUGCUUUAGGUAUGAAAACACUUACUGAAAUGCUUACAGAAAGAGAAGCUAUUGCACAGUUAUGUGAAACUAUUCUUGAUGAAGGUACAGAACAUUGGGGUGUUAAGGUAGAAAGAGUUGAAGUUAAAGAUAUUAGACUUCCUCAACAAUUGACAAGAGCUAUGGCAGCUGAGGCAGAAGCUGCCCGUGAAGCAAGAGCUAAAGUUGUUGCAGCAGAGGGUGAACAAAAAGCAUCAAGAGCAUUGAAGGAGGCUGCAGAUGUAAUACAAGCAAAUCCAGUAGCAUUACAAUUACGACAUCUACAGGCUCUAAAUAGUAUAGCUGCCGAGCAUAACUCAACAAUUGUCUUCCCAGUGCCAGUUGAAAUGUUUGGGGCAUUUAUGAAAAAAGAUGAAUGA